AUGACGCUCAAGGAGGAAUUCGCGACGCGCAACUUCAGUACGCUCGGCAUUCUCUCCAUGAUUCUCUGCUUUGCCCUUGGCAUUGCCAACAUCUUCGUCUUUAGAGUCAUCAUCAUUGUUUUCUCUGUCAUCACUCUGUGCUUCUCCUUCGUGAUCCUCUUCAUCGAAGUCCCUCUCCUCCUGCGCAUCUGCCCGACCUCGUCCACGUUCGACCAAGCCAUCCGCAAGAUCUCGACAAACUACAUGCGCGCCGCCGCCUACGGCGUCAUGGCCGCGGUCGUUUUCCUGUCCAACAUUGAUCGCGCCACUUCGCUCAUCGUCCCGGGUAUCUUUUUGACGCUUACCGGUCUCUGCUACAGCCUGGCGGCGCUCAAGGGCCAGGACUUUGUGGGCAGCAAGACGCUUGGUGGCUCGGGGGUUGCGCAGAUGAUUGUAUAA